ACUGCCAACCUCACAAGUUUGUUUUCUUCUUCUUCUGGUUAAGGUUUUUGGAUUGUUCUAUACUGGGAAUGUGAGCCCCCAUUUAACAUAUUUUGGCUUGAAAAAUACUGAUGUUUUCAGUUUUACCUUAUAUGUAAGAAUUAGUGAACUUCUUAAAACAACAACUUGAAACAUGAGGAGAAUAUGCACCAUGAAAGCAGGGACCUUUUCUGUUUAUCUGCUAUUGUAUUUCCAGCAUUAGGCAUAAGGCCUGGCCCACCAGAGGCACAGAAUAAAUAGUUGUUGAGUGGGUAACAAAGGUAUAGGAGUGAUUUCUAACCCUUUUGGAGUUGUGGUAUCUCGUUUUUAUUUCAUGGUACUUUCCUGUCUUUCUACUUGAAGUUAUCUUGUGUUCAAUGAAGGUAGAUUAAUAUAAAGUUUUGGAAAAUUCGGUGACAUUUGUGAAGAUGAUUGGAAAUACUCUAUUUUGUAAUUCAUAAAUUACUAUUGAAUAUACCCUUGACAUGUGUGACCUUUAUGCAUUGUCAGAUUUGGUAGAACAUAAUUUCCUUAAUAUUUUAUUAUGAUGCAUCUUUUUAAACAAAGAUGUGAAUGUUUAUCUCUUUGUGGGUGGUACUGGUUGUAUGACCAGUUGGGAAGAGCAGUGGUGAGAUGCCAAUGCUCGCCAGCUGAGUGGUUCCCUCCUGCACACUGGCUUUGCAGUGCACACUCAUCACAUUGAUUCCUUAGGAGAAUGACCCAUCUCACUUAUGCUGUGGACUUUAUGGGUCUCUUGGAAAGAGUUAAAAUUUCAGAUGUUACAUUUCUGGAUGCCCAGAGACUACUGUAAUAAUUGGAAGAAUAUAGGACUUUAAAAAAUUAUAAUAUUAUUUGUACUGUUUUCUUUGGUUUUUAUUAGGUAAAAAGGCUCCAGUUUUAUUUCGUAAAGAGAUGAUUGAGUCAAUGAAGGAAGGUUCAGUUGUUGUGGAUUUAGCUGCUGAGGCUGGCGGAAACUUUGAAACCACUAAGCCGGGAGAACUUUAUGUUCACAAGGGAAUUACUCACAUAGGCUACACGGAUCUUCCCAGUCGAAUGGCCACUCAGGCCAGCACCCUAUAUUCCAACAACAUCACCAAACUCCUGAAGGCCAUCAGCCCUGACAAAGAUCAUUUCUAUUUUGAAGUGAAAGAUGACAUUGACUUUGGUACGAUGGGUCAUGUCAUCAGAGGAACUGUAGUGAUGAAGGAUGGCAAAGUGAUUUUCCCAGCUCCUACGCCGAAGAAUAUUCUUCAAGGUUCCCCAGUAAAACAGAAGACAGUGGCUGAGCUGGAAGCUGAAAAAGCAGCUACUAUUACUCCCUUCAGGAAAACAAUG